UCAGUGUGUGCUUGAACCUAAGAAACACAUCCCACCUCUGUAAGGUAAAGCCCUCGUUUGAAGCCGAUCCAAAGGGGGAGGGAGUCUCAAUUUCUCUUCUCUUCCGCCUCCAAUAGUUCCUCCACUGGAACUCCCGAAACCCAUUUUCACCUCAGUCUCCUCUCACCCAGGCCAGAGUAUCGUCACCUACUAGUCGAAGAACUGCGAAGGAGACAUCGCGAUAAACCCUAGCUGUCAUUACAAUGUUCUGUUCAAUCUCCGGCGUAGUGCCGGAAGAGCCGGCGGUUUCCAGGAAAUCCGGACUACUCUAUGAAAAGAGGUUGAUUGAGAGACAUAUAGCGGACUAUGGGAAAUGUCCUGUGACUGGAGAUCCGCUCACUAUGGAUGACAUUGUUUUAUUGAAAACCAGUGAGAUAGUGAAGCCCAGGUCUUCACAGGCAGCUAGUAUCCCAGGACUUCUAGGAAUUUUCCAAAAUGAGUGGGAUGGCUUGAUGUUAUCUACUUUUGCGUUGGAGCAGCAGCUUCAUAUGGCAAGGCAAGAACUGAGUCAUGCUCUGUACCAGCAUGAUGCUGCUUGCCGUGUCAUAGCAAGACUGAAGAAAGAAAGGGAUGAGGCAAGAUCGUUGUUGUCUUUGGCAGAAAGACAGAUUCCGAUUUCAGCAUCUGCUCCUGUGACAGCAAAUGCUUCGGCUCUUAGCAAUGGGAAAAGAGCGGCUGAGGAUGAGGAGCUUGGCCCUGGGGGAAAGAGAAUUCGUCCUGGUAUUUCAUCUGGUAUCAUUGGUGAGCUGACUGACUGCAACAGUGCACUC